CCUUAACUGAGGGGGGAAAAAGUCUAUAGAGAGGAGCGCGCACACACACGCACACACUCACGCAUGCAGACGCAUAUCUAGCGGAACCCUGGCACCGUUUGUGUGUGUCCGCGGACACGUCUCUACUUUAGUGAGUUAAGGAGCAGAUAUCUGUGAACAUGGAGCGGGAGUUCCUCUGGAUUUAAGCCGUCUAGAGAGCUGCUAUGGGCGGUCUGCUGCUGCUGCUGCUGCCGCUGCUCUGGAGCUGGCUGCUGGCGGAGGUUCACGGCUCACCUCUCCUCCUGUUUGCCAACCGGCGUGAUGUACGAUUGGUAGAUGCUGAGGGCGUGCGGGGUGAGUCGGCCAUCGUUGUUAGCGACCUAGAGGAUGCAGCAGCGGUGGACUUCCUGUAUUCUGAGGGCCUGAUAUUUUGGACAGAUGUCAGUGAGGAGGCCAUCAAACAGACGCACUGGAAUCAGUCAUCCAACUCCCUUAAAGAGGCACUGGGAACUGGCCAGACUGUGGUAGUAUCAGGGCUGGACAGUCCUGACGGGUUGGCCUGCGACUGGUUGGGCAGAAAGCUCUACUGGACAGACUCAGAGACCAAUCGGAUCGAAGUGGCCAACCUGGACGGCACCUCCAGGAAGGUCCUGUUUUGGAUGGACUUGGACCAGCCCAGGGCUAUCGCUCUCAAUCCCGCUCAACGCUACAUGUACUGGACAGACUGGGGAGAGGAGCCCAGGAUAGAGCGUGCUGGUAUGGACGGCAGCAAUAGGAAAGUGAUAGUGGUUGUGGACAUCUACUGGCCCAACGGCCUGACCAUAGACCUAGUGGAACAGAAGUUGUACUGGGCAGAUGCCAAACUCAGCUUUAUUCACAGAGCUAACCUGGACGGAUCAGCACGUGAAACGGUGGUGGAGGGCACCCUGACCCAUCCUUUUGCACUCACACUGUCCGAGGAGACCUUAUACUGGACCGACUGGCAGACCCGCUCCAUCCAUGCCUGUAACAAACACAGUGGAGACAAAACCAGAGAGAUUCUCAGUGGGAUUUACUCUCCUAUGGACAUCCAGGUCCUGGAGCCCUAUCGGCAGCCUUACAUCCAGACUCCCUGUAGUGACAAUAACGGAGGCUGUAGUCAUCUUUGCCUACUCUCUCCAGUCCAGCCUUUCUACAGCUGUGCCUGUCCCACUGGAGUCCAGCUGAAACCAGAUGGAAAGACGUGCAAACCAGGAGCAGAGCAGGUUUUGCUGCUGGCUCGACGGACUGACCUGAGGAGAAUCUCGCUGGACCUGCCAGACUUCACUGACAUAGUACUCCAGGUUGAUGACAUUCGCCACGCCAUAGCUAUAGACUAUGACCCGGUUGAGGGUUACGUCUAUUGGACAGAUGAUGAGGUUCGGGCCAUCCGGCGAUCCCACAUCGAUGGCAGCAAUGCCGUGAUGCUGGUUACCACGGAGAUCAACCACCCAGAUGGCAUUGCUGUGGACUGGGUGGCCAGAAACCUGUACUGGACCGACACUGGCACUGACCGGAUUGAGGUGACCAGACUGAAUGGAACCUCUCGGAAAAUUUUAAUUUCUGAGAACCUGGAUGAACCCAGAGCCAUCGUCCUGGACCCUGUUAAUGGCUACAUGUACUGGACUGACUGGGGCGAGCAUCCCAAGAUCGAGCGGGCCAACCUCGAUGGAACGGAGCGGUUGGUUCUGCUCAACAGCUCUCUGGGAUGGCCCAAUGGACUGGCUAUAGAUUACGCAGCAGGAAAGCUCUACUGGGGAGAUGCUAAAACUGACAAGAUCGAGGUGAUCAACGUGGAUGGCAGUAACAGACAGACUCUGCUGGAGGACAAGCUGCCUCAUAUCUUUGGUUUUACUCUGCUGGGUGAUUACAUCUACUGGACUGACUGGCAGAGACGCAGCAUCGAGAGGGUCCACAAAGCCACGGCUGUACGAGAGAUCAUCAUCGAUCAGCUGCCGGAUUUAAUGGGGCUGAAGGCCACUAAAGUGACAGAGACGUACGGUACAAAUGGCUGUGCGGUGGACAAUGGCGGAUGCAGCCAUCUGUGUUUCUGGUGUCGGCAGGCUGUCAACUGUGCCUGUCCCAUGGGGAUGGAGCUGCUCUCAGACCUGCAGACCUGUGUGGUGCCUGAGGCCUUCCUGCUCUUCACCAACCGGGACAACAUCAGGAGUAUCUCUUUGGGUACCAACAGCAACGACGUGGCCAUUCCUCUGACGGGAGUUAAAGAGGUCUCCGCUCUCGACUUCGAUGUCUCGGAAAGGAGAAUAUACUGGACAGACAUACAGGCCAAGACCAUCAGCAGAGCAUAUAUGAAUGGCAGCUCUGUGGAGCAUGUCAUAGAGUUUGGACUGGACUACCCAGAGGGCAUGGCAGUCGACUGGAUGGGUCGUAACAUCUACUGGGCGGAUACAGGCACUAACCGCAUCGAGGUGGCCCGGCUGGACGGCCAGUACCGGCAAGUUCUGGUCUGUAAGGAUCUGGACAACCCACGCUCAUUGGACAACCCGCGGUCACUAGCGCUGGACCCAGCCAAUGGCUACAUGUACUGGACAGAGUGGGGUGGUCGGCCUCGUAUAGCCAGAGCCUACAUGGAUGGCAGCACCAUCUCAACACUGGUGGAUAAAGUGGGCCGGGCCAACGGACUGACCAUUGACUAUGUCGACCAUCGACUCUACUGGACUGACCUGGACACGUGCAUGAUUGAAAGCACCAACAUGCAAGGCCUCCAGAGGGAGAUCAUAGUAGACGACCUCCCUCACCCCUUCGGUCUGACUCAGUAUCGGGACUUUAUCUACUGGACGGACUUUAACCUGCGCAGUAUUGAACGGGCAGACAAACGCAGCGGACUCAACCGCACUGUGGUGCUCCAGGGCCAGCUGGAGCUGAUGCUGGACAUCCUGGUGUUCCAUUCCUCCCGUCAGGAGGGCACCAACGAGUGCUCCCAUAACAACGGCAACUGUGCCCAUCUUUGCCUGGCCACGCCUGCUGGUGCCCAAUGCCGCUGUGCCUCCCACUACACUUUGAACCCUGAUGGACGAAAUUGUAGCUCUCCCUCUAGUUUCCUGCUCUUCAGUCAGAAGGCGAGUAUCAGCAGGAUGGUGUUGGGAGAGCAGAGUCCCGACAUCAUCCUGCCCAUCCAUGUCCUGAGGAACGUCCGAUCCGUCGGCUACGAUCCGCUGGACCGGCUGGUCUACUGGCUGGACGGACGACAGAACAUCCGCAGGGCCAGAGACGACGGAGCCAUGUCGUCCAUGAUAGUGAGCAGCACUGUUCAGCCAGUGGACAACCAGAUCCAUGACCUGAGCCUGGACCCCUAUAGCCGCCAUAUUUACUGGACCUGUGAGACAACCAACAGCAUCAAUGUCCAGAGGAUGGACGGACACACUGUCGGUGUGGUCCUGAAGGACGACACCGACAAGCCACGGGCCAUCGUGGUCAACGCCGAGAAAGGGUACAUGUAUUUCACCACAGUGCAGGAGCGCUCGGCUAAGAUCGAAGGAGCAAGUCUGGACGGGACAGAGAGAGAGUCUCUGUUCACCACCGGUCUGAUCAGACCAGUAGCUCUGGCUCUGGACAAUAAACUGGGAAAACUGUUCUGGGUUGAUGCCGACCUCAAACGCAUCGAGAGCAGUGACCUGACAGGAGCAAAUCGCAUUGUCCUCCAGGAUUCCAACAUCCUCCAGCCGAUGGGGCUGACAGUUCUUGGAGAUCAUCUGUACUGGAUCGACAGGCAGCAGCAGAUGAUAGAGAGGGUGGACAAACUGUCCGGAGAUGGACGCACACGCAUACAAGGACGGAUAUCCUACCUGACCUCCAUCCACGCUGUGGAAGAGAUGGAUCCACAGGAGUUUGCAUCCCACCCUUGUUCCCGUGACAACGGGGGCUGUUCUCACAUCUGCAUCGCCAAGGGUGACGGCACUCCUCGCUGCUCCUGUCCCAUGCACCUGGUGUUACUGCAGGACCUGCUGCACUGUGGAGAGCCUCCCACCUGCUCCACAGAGCAGUUCACCUGCUCCACGGGGGAGAUCGACUGUAUUCCUAUGGCCUGGCGUUGUGACGGCUUCCCCGAAUGCGACGACAGCAGCGAUGAGGAGAACUGUCCCGUCUGCUCGGCCUUCCAGUUCCAGUGUGAUAAAGGAGGCUGCAUUGAUGCUCAACGGCGCUGCAAUGGUGAACCUGACUGUGCUGAUCACUCUGAUGAGCAGGACUGUGAAACAAUCUGCCCUCCUAACCAGUUCCGCUGUGGUGACAACCAGUGUAUCACUAAGAAACAACAGUGUGAUAACUACUCUGACUGUCCCGAUGGAUCAGAUGAGCUCGCCUGUGAGUAUGUGUCUCCUCCCUCCAGUGGCAUCCCUAACACUGGCCCUAACACCAUCGGUCCAGUCAUCGCCAUCAUCCUGCUCGUCUUUGUGAUCGGGGGAGCUUAUUUUGUCUGCCAGCGUGUGGUGUGUCGACGCUACAAAGGCCCCAGUGGAACUUUUCCUCAUGAGUACAUCAGUGGUACGCCCCAUGUGCCCCUUAACUUCAUCGCCCCCAGCAGCUCGCAGCAUGGCACCUUCCAAGGUAUUUCCUGUGGGAAGUCCAUGAUGAGUUCAGUCAGCCUGAUGGGCAGCAGCAGCAGUGGAGCUCCUCUCUAUGACAGGAACCAUGUGACUGGAGCCUCAUCCAGCAGCUCAUCGUCUACCAAGGGAGCCUUCUAUCCUCAGAUCCUGAACCCUCCUCCGUCCCCGGCUACCGACCGCUCUCUCUACAACACAGAGAUCUUCUACUCCUCCAACAGUCCGUCCACCACCAGAUCAUACAGACCCUACCACCCAGUCCGCGGCGCCGCCCCACCCACUACUCCCUGCAGCACCGACGUCUGCGACAGCGACUACACCCCCCACCACCCGCCGGCUGGGCUGGCGUCAUCGGCGGGCCGCUGGAAGGCCACGGGCCACGGCAGCCACGGCAAACACAACAAGUACUACAUGGACCUUAACUCAGACUCGGACCCCUACCCUCCGCCCCCCACCCCCCGCUCCCAGUACCUGUCGGCCGAAGAAAGCUGCCCCCCGUCCCCUUCCACCGAGCGCUCCUACUUUCACUUGUGCCCUCCUCCUCCCUCACCUUGCACCGACUCCUCGUGACCCUCCAACGACCCCAGGAGCCCCGUGAGGAAGGAUGUAGUCCACUCGCUACAAGAACUGGCCUCGUCUGGCCCACUUUACCAGGGAAAGAAGUCAUGUGCCAACUUCCAGCCCUGACCGGCUCACACGUGCUGCUUUAU